GUAAAUGCGCAGAGGAAUCAGUCUUUUGUAUCACGCUUUCUGUUUUCUGUGUAUACUAGACCGGCUCCAACAACCAUUUCAGUCUAAAAAUUGUAUUUUGAAGGAUUAUUUAAUUAUUCUCGAUGGCCGGGACUAUCAGGUGCUUGUCUAGAUUCCAUCUGGGAUCAUUCAUUAAUCAUGUUAACCGACAGAUUCUUCUAAAUGGAAGCAGAACAUUGUACACAGAGAAGAGUCUGGGUCUCGACAAUUACAAAGACGCCCGGUUGAGCUACCACGAGACAUACAGAAAUUCUUUGGCUACGUUUAAGGACAAAAUCAAGACAAAUGUCUCUGAUGGAAAGAGCAUGAUCUUCACAGAGGACUUGAAAGCCCUUUUGCACGUGGUGGAGAAGAACCCUGAGGACGUAAGUCUCCUCAAAACAGCCCUGGAAAAGUUCAACAGUCAGGACAGUGAAAUAAGAUUCGGGAUGUUCAAGUUCGGUCCCGUAGUGAUGAGGGCAUUUCACUACUUGAACGAACCGUCAGUUGCACUGGAGACGUUCAAGAAUCCGAAGUUCGACACAUUUUACGAUCAACAGACAACUUUCGCUCUCCUCACUGAUCUACUAUUUGAGAAUGGAAUGUAUAAAGAAGUUCGGGAGGUUUAUGAGUUGAUUAGGGCGAAAUCCGCCAGUGCAAAUAAAAAUCCUAAGUUGGUGAUCAGUGUUGUAGCUCUGGCUUGUUAUAAAGAGAAUACGAAAGAAAGUCUUGAUUUUGGAGUUAAAGUGUGCAAAAACAUAACUGAAAGAGGAGCCCUUCCACUUAGAAAAGUUAUCUCCACAUUGGCAGCAUUAGCUUUAAAGCAGAAUGCACCACACAUUGCCUUGGAGCUCAUAACAGCAUGCAAGAAAUCCGAUUAUAUCUCUACCAGAACUGUGAGAGCCAUGGCCCUAUGUGACUUGGACAGGCUCGACGAUCUUACUAUUGAAUUCCAAUCGGCGUUGAAAAGGGGAAUCGUGUCAACGAAUCAAUACUUCUCUGAUAUCAUUCCAAAAGUUGAAGCUGCUAUUCAACGAGGCAACAUCAGUCCCAACGCAGAGAUAUGUGAAUUGUUCGAGCUCAUGAAAGUCAGGGAAUAUAUUCAAAACAAGACGCUGGAGGAGCACAUUUCUGAGCAAUUAGAGAGCUAUAAAAGUAUGACUCUUCAAUACUACAACCAAGAACAUGGAUCGUCACAGUUCAAGAGACAACCAGAACAGUGGAGCAGAACCUCAAGAGAACCAGCUCAAAACCGAGGGGGAUACAACCAGCGAUUUAACAAUUUUUGAAUUUGUAAUUGUACUCCAACCAAUGACGCUGGGUCGAAUAGUAUUUAAUUUCUAAUAAGUUAAGUAAAUUCCAUUCGAUCCACAACGCUUUUGUGAAGUUAAUGAAUAAACAAAUAAUGGAAAAGUUUUUGUCAAA